AUGCAGCCAUACAGGUAUGACAGAAAUGAAAAGCACGCGCGUGCCCGGCGCUCCGGCCGCCCGCGGGAGCGGCCGGCCCGGCUCGUGGCGGUCGCCUCGGCGGCGGCUUCCUCCGCCGCGUCCGGCGAGGUGGCAUCGUCACGAGCCCGCGACAACGGGGUCGUGGGCGGGACCAACGGCACCGUCGUGCCCACCGCCAAGGCCACCGCCAUCGAGACCACCGUCGAGAGGGUGAUCUUUGAUUUCCGGUUCCUGGCCCUCCUCGCGAUCGCCGGGUCGCUGACCGGCUCCCUGCUGUGCUUCCUCAACGGCUGUGUCUUCAUCAAAGAGGCGUACCAAGUUUAUUGGUCGAGCUGUGUCAAGGGAAUUCAUUCUGGGCAGAUGGUUCUCAAAGUCGUCGAGGCCAUCGAUGUGUAUCUUGCUGGAACAGUCAUGCUGAUAUUUGGGAUGGGUCUUUACGGGCUGUUCAUCAGCAAUACUUCCAGCGAUGUGCCUUCAGACUCAGAUCGUGCCCUCAGGGGAUCAUCGCUGUUUGGGAUGUUCGCUUUGAAGGAACGGCCAAAGUGGAUGAAGAUCACAUCCCUCGACGAGCUCAAGACGAAAGUUGGGCAUGUCAUUGUGAUGAUUCUGCUGGUGAAGAUGUUCGAGAGGAGCAAGAUGGUGAAGAUAGCCACAGGGCUGGACCUCCUCAGCUACGCCAUGUGCAUCUUCUUGUCGUCGGCUUCUCUCUACAUCCUGCACAAUCUCCACAAGGGCGACCACGAGGAGGGUGCAAUCCCACAUUUGUGACUCUGUAAAAUUGUAUAGUGACCAAAUCAGAUUUGUUGUAGCUACUGAAGGAAGAACUAGAAACUUUUUUGUGCAGAAUUGUUGAUCUCACAGCCUCUGAUUGCUGCAGAGCACAUGCUUCCAUUAUAAGCAGAAGAGAUAUUUGCCGCUUGGUUC